AUGGGCAAGCAGUUGUGGUUCAAGGGGCCUGUGUGUGGUACCGACAACUGUAGAUCACGGCUAUACAAAAAUAGAGAUGGGUUAACCAUUUGUCAAUUUGGCCAUGUCCUUGAAGGUGCAGUUGAAUUUAAUGAUGACCAAGAUCAACAACCAGUUCAAACGCGAAGAUUAAACGUUGUUGCCGUUGAUGAACGAGGCAACUUUGCAAGUCAAUCGAGUCAAAGACUGAUUAGGAAACAUAAAUUGGACAAGUUAACUGGGACUGAGGCGUCGCCUAUAUAUUUCCGAUGUUUACAAAUUAUAUUGAAACGUCAAUUGGAGGAGAUAGUGAAGAUUUAUUUCAGUGAUGGAGUGAAGACUGAUUUGGAAAAUAUCGUCAAGACUUAUUGGUGUAGGGCGUUGGAGUAUUAUUACAAAGUGAACGACCAAAAUGAUGAUGAAAGGGUGAAUAAACGAAAGACUUCCAUAGAUGUGUUGGAUUUGAUAUGCAUUAUUUACAUGGCAAGUUUGGAAUUGCGUGCAUAUCCAUUUUACCUUAGUGAUAUUGUUGAGUGUGUUACAUUGGACAAGGUACCGUAUUUCAAGACAUAUAAUCUACUACCGUCAGAUGAAUUGGAAAGGUUGCACGGUCUAUAUCAUGGUCACUUACAAGCAUAUCAAGUGCCCACUGAAGGACAGAUCCUACGACGAAUUUUCUACUUGAGUCCAAUAAUUCUAAACCAUGACUUACAUAUACCCUCAAGCUACUACUUUCCUUUUAUUUACGACACAUUGGCCAAGACUCUAUUUCUUCCAAAUACUCCUGAUUUAUUUAUGUUGAUAUACCACUUUCUUAAUUUUUGCAAGAAGGUUGCCUUUGAAAUUCCAAUGAAAGUCAAGAGUGCAAAUAAGCUUACAGAAUGUUUUCCUGAAGUAUAUUUGGUCCUGGUGACAAUAUACAUUGUCAAGCUACAUUUUGAAUUUGGUGAACACAAGUUUCAACCUGAUGCGUGGUUGAAGCAUGUGAAGGCAUAUAAUACGGAGUACGAAUAUAACAAUGAGGUUGGUGACGGUACCUUGCUUAAUUGGUCAGUUGACAAAACUGAACGAUACACUAAUUGGGUAUACAAUCAUUUGAUGUCUGAGAAGUAUAGGUCAAGCGAAGAAAAUUCCAAUCAAAACGAGCUCUCAGUUAUGGAAAAGAGACUAUUUCAAAUAUUUCCCUUAGAAGGUUUUGCAGAGAUGCUGAAUAACAUGGAGCGGGUAAUGGAAGAUUCAGAACCAUCUACUCCGCAGCUCAACACCCUCAAGCGCAUAUUGGAAGCCGAAUGGAACAAUGAUGAGACGAUUACUGAUCACAAUGAGGUUGACAAACUCUUGUUUAGUUUGUUGAGCAAAGCCAUCAAUCUAUCGACCAACGAGUUAAUUAGUAUAUACGAGAGUACUAUUAAACAGUUAAGGAAGGCGUAUAGUAAAUAA